AUGCCUUUCGGCCUCUUUCCAGCCAUUCUCAAUCUUGCCAGCAAUGCGCACAUCAGCACCAAUGCGACGUGUGGUGAGAAGGGGCCUGAGAUGUUUUGUAAACUGGUGGAGCACGUGCCCAGCCGCCCAGUGCGGAAUCCUCAGUGCAGAAUCUGCGACAACAACAGCGCUAAUCCAAAAGAACGACAUCCGAUAUCCAAUGCUAUCGAUGGCACCAACCAUUGGUGGCAGAGCCCCAGUAUACAAAAUGGGAGAGAGUUCCAUUGGGUCACUAUCACGCUGGACUUGAGACAGGUCUUUCAGAUUGCAUAUGUCAUCAUCAAAGCUGCGAAUGCCCCCAGACCAGGGAACUGGAUUUUGGAGCGCUCUCUGGAUGGUGUCACAUUCACCCCCUGGCAAUAUUACGCAGUCAGCGACUUGGAAUGUUUGACUCGUUACAAUAUAACUCCGAGACGGGGCCCUCCCACAUACAGGGCAGAUGAUGAGGUGAUCUGCACCUCCUAUUACUCCAGGCUGGUUCCCCUGGAGCAUGGAGAGAUUCACACAUCUCUAAUCAACGGCCGACCCAGUGCUGAUGAUCUUUCACCCAGGCUGCUGGAAUUCACUUCUGCCCGCUAUGUCCGCCUUCGCUUACAGCGCAUCCGGACCCUGAAUGCAGAUCUCAUGAUCCUCAGCCACCGGGAGCCCAAAGAGCUCGACCCCAUUGUCACACGACGAUAUUACUACUCAAUAAAAGACAUUUCCAUUGGUGGGAUGUGUAUCUGCUAUGGCCACGCUAGUAGCUGUCCAUGGGAUGAAACCACACAGAAACUACAUUGUCAGUGUGAACAUAAUACUUGUGGGGAAAGUUGCAAUAAGUGUUGUCCUGGAUAUCAUCAGCAGCCCUGGAGACCUGGGACCAUUUCUUCUGGUAACACUUGUGAAGAGUGUAAUUGUCACAAUAAAGCCAAAGACUGUUACUAUGAUGAAAAUAUUGCCAAUGAAAGGAAAAGUUUGAAUAUUGCUGGAGAGUUCCAAGGAGGAGGAGUUUGUAUAAACUGUGAACAGAAUACCAUGGGGAUCAACUGUGAAACCUGUGUGGAUGGCUUUUACAGACCACAUGGGGUCUCUCCUUAUGAAGACAAUCCUUGCCUUCCCUGUGAGUGUGACCCAUAUGGGUCCCUCAGUUCUGUCUGUAUUAAGGAUGAUCUCCUUUCUGAUAUACACAAUGGGAAGAGGCCAGGUCAGUGUCCAUGUAAAGAAGGUUACUCAGGAGAAAAGUGUGACCGCUGCCAGUUUGGCUACAAGGGUUAUCCCAGCUGUGUCCACUGUGAGUGCAGUCUGGUUGGCAGUGUGAAUGAAGACCCCUGCAUGGAGCCUUGUCUUUGCAAGGAAAAUGUUGAAGGAGAAAACUGUGAUCGCUGUAAACCAGGAUUCUUCAACUUGAAGGAAAGAAACCCCCAGGGCUGCUCUGAGUGCUUCUGCUUUGGUGUGUCUAAUGUCUGCGACAGUCUUUCUUGGCCUGUCAGCCAGGUCAAGGAUAUGUCUGGAUGGCUGGUCACGGACUUGGUCAGUUCAAAUGCAAUCCAGUCCCAGCAGGUUCCCCAUGGAGGACUUCAUCAAAUUAGCAUCAACAAUUCCCAUAUCAUGCAAAGACUAACUUCCAAGUAUUACUGGUCAGCUCCUAAGGCUUACCUAGGGAAUAAGCUGACUUCUUAUGGAAGAUUCCUAAAAUACACAGUGUCUUACGAUAUUCCAGUGGAGGCAGUGGACAGUGACCUAAUGUCUCAUGCUGAUGUUAUCAUUAAGGGAAAUGGGCUGACUUUAAGCACACAGUCCGAGGGCCUGUCGCUGCAGCCCUAUGAGGAGCACUUCAAUGUGGUGAGACUUGUGCCUGAGAACUUCCGAGACUUUGCCACCAAAAAGGAGAUAGAUCGUGACCAGCUGAUGACCGUCCUUGCCAAUGUGACACAUCUCUUCAUCCGUGCCAACUACAACUCUGCAAAAAUGGCUCUUUACAGGCUGGAUUCUGCCUCUCUGGACACAGCAAAUCCUAAUGUUAUAGACUUGUCCCUGGCUACUGAUGUGGAGCAAUGCGAAUGUCCACUGGGAUAUUCAGGCAUCUCUUGCGAAACCUGCCUCCCUGGCUACUACCGCAUGGACGGAAUCCUCUUUGGAGGAAUUUGCCAGCUGUGUGAGUGCCACGGCCAUGCAACGGAGUGUGAUAUCCACGGCACUUGUUCUGCUUGCAUGCACAACACCACUGGGGACCACUGUGAGCAUUGCCUGCCUGGUUUCUAUGGCGAGCCUUCCCGAGGAACCCCUGGAGACUGCCAGCCCUGCGCUUGCCCUCUCUCCAUAGCCUCUAACAAUUUCAGCCCCACCUGUCACCUGCAUGAGGGAGGGGAGAUGCGCUGUGACCAGUGUACCCCAGGAUACUCGGGGACAUGGUGCGAGAGAUGCGCAGACGGUUACUAUGGAAACCCAACAGUGCCUGGUGACUCUUGCAUCCCAUGCAAUUGCAGUGGUAAUGUGGACCCUUUGAAGCCUGGUAACUGUGAUUCAGUCACUGGGGAGUGCCUCAAGUGCAUCGGGAACACAGGGGGAGCCCACUGUGAACGCUGUGCUGAUGGUUUCUACGGGGACGCGGUGACAGCUAAGAACUGCCGAGCAUGUGAAUGCCAUGGAAAAGGCUCCCUCUCUCCCAUCUGCCACCAUGAGACUGGACUUUGUGACUGCAAGGCACAUGUGACAGGACAGCGGUGUGACCAGUGCUUGAGUGGCUACUAUGGGUGGGGCAGUGGACUAGGCUGUCUGCCCUGUAACUGUAGCCCAACGGGGUCCCUGUCCAAUGAUUGCACAGAGGAGGGCCAGUGCCACUGCAUCCUGGGAGUGACUGGGAAAAGAUGUGACAGAUGUGCACGUGGCUUUUUCGCAUCUCAGGAUGGUGGCUGCACACCCUGUGAUUGUGCUCACACUCAGAAUACCUGUGAUCCUCACACCGGGGAAUGCAUCUGCCCUCCUCACACACAAGGUUGGAAGUGUCAAGAAUGUGAAGAUGGAUACUGGGGCCACGACCUGGAGCUUGGAUGCAAGGCCUGCAAUUGCAGUCAUGUGGGGUCCACUAGUCACCAAUGUGAUGUGUUAACUGGCCAGUGCAAAUGCAAGUCCAUGUUUGGGGGCCUGAGCUGUGACCAAUGCACUCUGGGUCACAGAGGCUUCCCAACCUGUGUUUCCUGUGACUGUGACCCGAGAGGGACCUUAGCAGACACUUGUGAUCAGAAACAAGGACUUUGCAGUUGUGAAGAGGAAACUGGUAUCUGCUCCUGCAAGGAAAAUGUUAUUGGCCAUCAUUGCAACAUAUGUAAAAGUGGUACCUAUGCGCUUGAAGCUGACAACCCUGUGGGUUGCACCCCAUGUUUCUGUUUUGGGCUUUCACAAGUAUGCACAGAAUUGGAAGACUAUGUGAGAGUUCCAGUGAUGCUGGUCCCAGAAUUGUCUCUUCUGCGUGUGGUCUCUCAAAGUAACCUACAGGGUACCACUGAGGGGGUGUAUUAUCAGGCCCCCGAUGUCUUACUGGAUGCCAGAACUGUCCAGAGUCAUAUCCAAGCAGAACCCUUUUACUGGCGGCUGCCGGAUCAGUUCCAGGGAGAUCAGCUCUUAGCCUAUGGUGGCCGACUGAGGUACACUGUGGCCUUCUAUUCUGUGGAUGGCAUUGGCACCUCUAACUUUGAGCCCCAAGUUCUCAUCAAAGGAGGUCGAGCCAGAAAGCAAGUCAUCUAUGUGGACAUACCUGCACCUGAAAAUGGCAUGAGGCAGAAUCAAGAAGUGAUAAUGAAAGAGGACUUUUGGAAAUAUUUUAACUCUGUCUCUGAAAAGCCUGUGACACGCUCAGACUUUAUGUCCAUCCUUAGCAACAUUGAGUACAUCCUCAUCAAGGCCUCCUAUGGCCAAGGACUACAACAAAGCAGGAUCUCAAACAUUUCCAUGGAGGUGGGCCAGAAAGCUGAAUUGUAUGCGGGUGGAUUGCCAGCCUUUCCUCUAGAGAGCUGCCUCUGUCCUCCUGGCACUGCUGGCUUCUCCUGUCAGGACUGUGCCCCUGGCUACCACAGAGGGCAGCUUCCUGAAGUGGGUGUCGGGAAACCCCGUCCUCUGAUUGCCCCCUGUGUACCUUGUGAGUGCAACAAUCACAGUGACGCAUGUGACCCAGAAACCGGAAAGUGCCUGAGCUGCAGAGAUCACACCGCUGGUGACCACUGUGAUGUGUGUGCCCCCGGGUACUACGGGAAGGUGACUGGAUUGGCCACCGACUGUGCCCUGUGCUCCUGUCCUCAUGUCUACCCUGCCAGCUUCAGUCCGACCUGCAUCCUGGAAGGGAAUAAUGACUUCCGUUGCAAUGCCUGUUUUCCAGGCUAUGAAGGACAAUACUGUGAAAGGUGCUCCUCAGGCUUUUAUGGGAACCCUCGAGUCCCAGGGGGCAGUUGCCAGAAAUGUGCCUGCAACACCCAGGGGUCAGAGCACAGUUUCUGCGAUGGCAUCUCUGGGCAGUGUGUCUGCAAGCCAGGGGCCACAGGCCUGCGAUGUGACCAGUGUGAAGCAAGACACAUCCGCAUGGAGAGUGACUGCAUCUCUUGUGAUGACCACUGUGUAGGUGUGCUGUUGGAUGAUUUAGAUAACAUCGGUGAGGACAUUCUUUCUGUCAACCUCACUGGCAUCAUCCCUGUCCCAUAUGGAGUCUUGUCAACCCUGGAAAACACAACUCAGUCUCUCAGGGAAUCCCUAUUGAAAGAAAAUACACAAAAGGAACUGGCAAAAACUCAACUGGAACAUGUUGUGGAAGAGACACAGGCCUUACAAAAGGCGCUGACCAGAGUGCUAGCAAAUAGCCAAAAUGUGAGCGUGAUGACUGGCGGAGUCCUCCACAGGAUUGAAGACCUCAGAAUAUUCAUUGAGAAGCUUCGGAUAAGCAUCACAGAAAUUAUUGAAAAAGCAACAAUUCUAAAUCAGACCUUGGAUGAAGAUUUCCAGCUACCCAGCUCCACUCUUCAAAAUAUGCAAGGCAACAUUACAUCAUUGCUGGAAUCCAUGCAGAAGAGGCAUUUCAUGAAGUUGCACCAAAAUGCCACUCUUGAACUCAAAGCUACUGAAGAUUUGCUAUCACAAAUUCAAAAGAAUUACCAGAAGCCACAGGAAGAGCUGAGGGCAUUAAUAGAAGCAGCCAACAACCUCCUUUCAAAACACAAGAGUGAACUCCAAGGAGCAAAAGACCUAGUAAAUGAUGCAGAUACAAAGACCCAGGAAAGCAGCAAGCUGCUGCACAUUAUCAAUGCCACCUUACAAGAAUUCAACGAUAAAAAACUGCAUGUUGAAGAAGAACAAAAUCUGACCUCAAAGUUAAUUGCCAAGGGAAGAAGAUUGUUAGCUGCUGCCACCAUUCAAGCAAAUACUACCCAAAAUACUCUGACUCAGUUAGAUCAUCACCAUGAUCAGCUACUGCUAUGGAAUGCUAAGCUCAGGAGUCACGUAGAUGAUCUGGUCAUGCAGAUGUCCAGAAGAGGGGUACUUCCACUUGUCUACAGAGCUGAGGAUCAGGCUGCUGCCCUCCAAAGACUCUCAGAUGUACUAAACAGUGGCCUCAGAAAUGCCAAAUAUGUGUCCUUGAAUGCUACUAGUGCAGUCCAGGUCCAUUCCAACAUUGAAAGCCUGAUUGAUGACUCAGAGAGGCUGGCCAACCUUGCUGUCCAAACAGCCACCGAGGUGAGCCUGUUCUCAGGAUCCCUGAUUCCUAACGUAAAAGUGACUGUCCAUCGCAGCUCCAAAUUUCUCAAAGAAAGCAGUGAACUCACCAGGAGACAGCAAGGUGUGACAGCAGAACUGAGUAGACUGAAAAGUGCAAUAAACAGAUUUCAAGACAGUGCUGAUAAAGUUACCAGGAAGAUAAAUGAGUCAGUCUUAAUACUUAGAGCAAAUCCUGAAGGUGUCAGAGACAGAGGAACUCGAGCCAGACAGGUAGCCACCUUUGCAAGUCAGAGUGCAGCCAGCACACUGAACAAUGUUGUGGGCUUGAGCCAGAAGCUGCUGACCACCUCGGCGACGCUGUCCAGUAUGAACGCCACACUUCAGGAGACCAGUGGGCUCCUGCUCAGCUCCUCUGAGGCUGCUCUGUUAGUUGGACGAAAAGUGAAAGAUGCGGAAACACAAGCCAAUCUUUUGUUUGAUCGGCUGAAGCCUUUGAAGAUGCUAGAAGAGAACCUGAACAGAAAUCUCUCCGAAAUUAAACUGAUGAUCAGCCAGGCCCGGAAACAAGCAGCAUCCAUUAAAGUGGCAGUGGCUGCGGACAGAGACUGCAUUCGAGCUUACCAGCCACAGAUUUCUUCCACCAACUACAACACAUUAACCCUGCAUGUUAGAACGAGGGAACCCGACAACCUUCUCUUCUACCUUGGGAGCAGCACCAGCGAGGAUUUCCUGGCUGUGGAGAUGCGGCGUGGAAAGGUGGCUUUCCUGUGGGAUGUGGGCUCUGGUGCCACACGAUUAGAAUUUACAGACUUUGCAAUUGAUAACAACAAAUGGCACAGUAUCUAUGUAACCAGAUUUGGAAACACCGGUUCCUUGAGUGUAAAGGAAAUGAGCUCAACUCAAAAGCCACAAACAAAAAUAAGUAAAUCCCCUGGAAGAGCAAAUGUUCUGGAUAUAAACAAUUCAACACUCAUGUUUGUCGGAGGACUUGGAGGACAAAUCAAGAAGUCUCCUGCUGUGAAGGUCACUCAUUUUAGAGGCUGUAUGGGCGAAGCCUUUUUGAAUGGAAAAUCUGUCGGCCUGUGGAACUACAUCGAAAGGGAGGGCAUGUGUCAUGGCUGUUUCGGCAGUCCCCAGAAUGAAGACUCCUCAUUCCAUUUUGACGGGAGCGGAUAUUCUGUCUUGGAGAAGAACCUCCGGGCAACAGUGACACAGAUAAUAAUGCUCUUUAAUACCUUUUCACCUAAUGGACUGCUUCUCUAUCUCACUUCAAAUGCCACCAAAGACUUUUUGUCUAUUGAGCUGGUUCAUGGCAGAGUUAAGGCCACUUUUGACCUGGGUUCAGGACCGCUUGCACUUAUUACAGACAGACGUUUUAACAAUGGGACCUGGUAUAAAAUUGCCUUCCAGCGAAACAAAAAACAGGCACUCCUGGUGGUCAUUGAUGCUUCUAACACCAGUUACAAAGAAACCAAACAAGGUGAAGCUCCAGGAGUGUCUUCAGAUCUCAAUCGCCUUGAUAAGGAUCCAAUUUAUGUUGGGGGGUUACCUAGGUCAAGAGUUAUAAGGAAAGGCAUCACCAGCAGAAGCUACGUGGGUUGUAUAAAAAAUCUGGAAAUAUCUAGAUCAACAUUUGACUUACUCAGAAAUUCAUAUGGAGUUAAAAAAGGCUGUAUACUGGAGCCUGUCCGAAGUGUUAGCUUCUUGAAAGGCGGCUAUAUUGAGUUGCCACCCAAGCCCUUGUCACCAGAAUCGGAAUUGUUGGCCACAUUUGCCACCGAGAGAAGCAGUGGCAUCAUUGUAGCCGGUCUUGGUGAGGACAGGGAGAGGCACAGCCGACGGCAGGCGCAUGUGCCCUUCUUUGCCAUCCUGCUGAUUGAAGGCCACGUCGAGGUGCACGUUAGUUUUGGGGAUGGAAUGAGCCUGCGAAGAACUCUGCUGCGUUCUCCGACAGGCACCUAUGGGGACGGACAGGAGCACUCCAUCUCCCUGGUCAGGAGCAAGAGAAUCAUCACUGUUCAACUGGAUGAGACCAGUCCUAUAGAAAUGAGGUUGACCCCAUUAUCAGAAAGCAGGACAAUAAAUGUAACCAACCUGUACGUAGGGGGUAUUCCAGAGAGCGAAGUGGCAUCUGUGCUCAAAGUGAAACAGUCCUUCCAUGGCUGCAUCAGAAAUCUGAUCUUCAACAUGGAACUUCUAGACUUCACUAGUGCAGUUGGCUACGAACAUGUAGACUUGGAUACCUGCAUGCUUUCUGAAACACACAAAGUGGCUCUUGAAGAAGACAUCAGAGUUCUUGAAGAAAAGAACAUCAAGCUUCUCCCAGGACCUCAGCCUCUACCCAGUCCAUGUGCAGAGGACAGAACCUCGGACUUUGUCCCCGGUGCUCACCAGUUUGGCCUGGCACAGGACAGCCAUUUCGUAUUUCUGUUCAACCAGUCUGCUGUUCGCAAGAGGCUUUUUGUUCAGCUCAGGAUACGAACAUUUGCCUCCAGUGGUCUGAUUUACUACAUGGCUCAUCAGAAUCAAGUUGAUUAUGCCACACUCCAGCUCUUUGAGGGUCGCCUGCACUUCACAUUUGACCUUGGCAAAGGCAGGACAAGAGUCUCACAUCCCACACUGCUGAAUGAUGGCCAGUGGCACACGGUUAAGACAGAGUACAUUAAAAGAAAGGGCUUCAUGACUGUUGACAAUCGAGAAUCUCCAGUGGUGACCUCAGUGGGAGAUGGUUUUACUUUGGAUGUGGAAGGAAAGUUUUACCUAGGAGGCCUUCCUGCUGAGUACAGGGCCAAGAAUAUUGGAAAUAUCACCCACAGCAUCCCUGCCUGCAUUACGGAGGUGAGCAUUAACAGCAAACCGCUUGACAAGGACAGCCCAGUGUCUGCCUCUGCAGUAAACAAAUGCUACGCAGUAGCCCAGGAAGGAACUUUCUUUGAAGGAAAUGGAUAUGCUGCUCUUGUCAAAGAAGGCUACAAAGUCCGGUCAGAUGUAAACAUCAGCCUUGAGUUCCGUACGUCCGCACCAAAUGGUGUCCUUUUAGGGAUCAGCAGUGCCAAAGUGGACGCCAUUGGAUUAGAGAUUGUCAGUGGCAAGCUUUUAUUCCAUGUUAACAAUGGUGCUGGCAGGAUAACAGCCACAUAUGAACCCAGAGCUCCAUCUACUCUCUGUGAUGGGAAGUGGCACGCUCUUCAGGCUAACAAAAGCAAACACCGUGUGGUUUUGAUUGUCGACGGGAAUGCUGUUCAUGCUGAAAGUCCACACAUCCAGUCCACCUCAGCAGACACCAACAAUCCCAUUUAUGUUGGCGGAUAUCCUGCUGAUGUAAAGCAGAACUGCCUGACUAGCCGUACCUCAUUCAAGGGCUGUCUGAGAAAGCUCACCCUGACCAAGGGCCCACAGGUGCAAUUCUACGACUUCAACAAGGCUUUCUACCUUCAGGGGGUUUCCCCCCAUUCUUGCCCUGGGAUUGAGCCCUGA